GGACAUGCGCAGUACCACAUUUCAUUAUGUUCUGCGGUUCGUGUGAAACGGACGAUACAUGGCGGGAAGGUCCUCAACCUAAAUGGCAUAUUUUCUGAUAUACGAGCUAAACUCGACAGUUUUAAGAGCUUAAACAAGUGCCAGUGUAUCAACACAUUCCAAAUAGGCUAGUCAUGGCAUCAAAAGAAUUUUCCUCAGAGGCAUCUCUAGAUCAGUCCAGAGAAACAUCUCCCAUACCAAACAUAACUCUCGAAGGUGAUGAUGAACACACUUGUAGAAUCUGUGAAGAAAAGCUCAAACAGCCUAAAAUCCUGAACUGUCUUCAUGUCUUUUGUCAGUCUUGUCUUGAAAAUGAGAAUACUGAGGCCAAGAAUGUGUUGACCUGUUCAAUUUGUAAGCAGGACACAAAAAUCCCAGCUAGUGGAAUUGCAAACCUACAACCAGAGUAUGUCAUUUCUGAUCUACUUGAAAUGGCAGCCAUAGAGGAUAAGCAGAUUCUGUGCAACAGUUGCAAGGCUAAGGAAGAAGCAGUGGCACGUUGCAGAGAUUGUAUCAGUGGAAAUUACCUCUGUGGCAACUGUGUUACUGCCCAUCAGUUUAUGAGGUGCUUUGAUAAUCAUGAGGUUGUCUUGUUUGAGGACAUGAAAGAGGGUGGUCGCAGUUUGGCACACAAGGUUAUCUUUUGUGACAGCCAUCCAACUGAGCAUGUGAACUUUUUCUGCAACACCUGUCAGGAGGCAGUAUGUGGUGAUUGUAUGAAGAAUUUCCACAAACCGCCAGAACAUAUAUGUGAAAAUGUCACUGAAACUGAAAGAAAGCUUAAAGAAGAGCUCUCGGUUUUGCUAACAGAAAGCAAGAAAAAGUUUGUUGUCUGUGACGAAGCCCACCAGACUCUUGAGAGUAGCCUGAAUGAUCUGCAGAUGCAAAGAGACAACGCAAAAGGCUUGAUUCAGGAAACAUUCCAAAGCUACAAAGCCAUUUUGGAAAAAAAAAAGGAUAACAUGCUUGAAGAACUAGAAGAUUUACACUUGUGCCAAGAACUUGCCAUUAUGGAUCUCUUUCAUAACGUUGAGAAGACAUCUGAAAAAAUUGAGGAUGGGUGCAAGUAUACUGAAUUGCUGAUACAACAUGGCACUGGUUUACACUGUGCAUUAAUGAAGAAAAUGAUAAGCUCACAACUAAUGUUUCUUAUCAACAAUACACCCAAACCAGAUAUUCACAUCAAUCUUGAUUUCCACUCUGAUUCUGGGGUUUUUGAAGAGGCUGUCAAGAAAACUUUUGGUACCUUUGUCAAGGAAGAACCCAAGCCUCAAGUUGAAAGACCCUUGUCCUCUCUUCAUUCAUCUUUUGAAAAUGAGGGAUUCACUUUGCCUAGUGGAGUACUGAGUCCAGAUCAAAGCCUUGUGCGCCAGACUUCAACUCAAGAUUUGAUUCAUGAUCAUUUUCGCACAAUUACACCUGUCUCAAUGACGAGUAACACUCCUGGGCCAAUUGGAACCAUUGCAACAUCCAUCACUUCAGCGAUUGCAGGAUCCCAAGCCAUGCAUGAUCAUGGGACUAGUCUCUCUAGGAAUUCCCAUAGCCCUGCGAUGUCUGACAGUGGAAUUUCUGUGGAUGCUGCCAGCAAUAACAGUGGAUCUAGUGCAUCAAUGAUGAAUGUAGCAGCACUUGCCAAGCUCCACUCAGCAGGUCUUCCACAAACGCCAGUUGGGACAGCCCCUCCUUCCUUAACUCGGAGCGAAGCUAAUUUUAGCUCCCUCUUAAAUCCUCCUACACCACAGUCUGAGUCCCCAAAUCUAGAAACCUUGGCCAGCCUCCUUCAACAGCCACCCAGUUCUCUAACUGGAGGCAUGGAUAGUGUUGGAAGCAUUGGAUCCAUGAGUUCAAUUGGAACCAUAGGAAGUAUGAGUAUGAAUCCAUCAAACAAGGAUAUGUUGGAAUCUGGUGGAUUUAGCAGUGGAAGUUACAACUCUGCAAAUGCUGCAAGUAUGCCAUUUCCUCCUGUUAGAAGAGGGAACAAAAUGAGUGCAAUGCAAAUUAGGUGCAAAUUUGGACAACUGGGACCAGGAAAAGGACAAUUUAAUUCACCACAUGGAUUUUGUUUAGGCAUUGAUGAAGACAUUGUUGUAGCAGACACCAAUAAUCACAGAAUUUGUUGUUUUGAGAAGACAGGAGAAUUCAAAUACCAGUUUGGAAUACCUGGUCGAGAUGAGGGCCAACUGUGGUAUCCAAGGAAGGUGGCUGUCAUGAGACCAUCAGGAAAAUAUGUAGUGUGUGACAGAGGCAAUGAGAGAUCCAGAAUGCAGAUAUUUACAGCGAAAGGAGUGUUUGUCAGGAAGAUAGCCAUAAGAUACAUAGAUAUUGUGGCAGGACUAGCUCUUACAAAUCAAGGAUACAUUGUCGCAGUUGACAGUGUGUCUCCAACGGUGUUUGUCAUCAGUGAAGCAGGAGACCUCAUCAAGUGGUUUGACUGCAGUGAUUAUAUGAGAGAACCAUCAGA